UUUAUAAAACCAAGCUAAUAGUAGUCAUAACAUUAAGUUUCAAAAUUAUCGUUUAAGGUUAGUCCCUAGCAACUGAAACCGAUUUGGUUAGCCAAAUUAUGACCAUCACCAACUGGUAUAAUUGGUCCGUUAAGGAUUUUAGCAAUGAGUCCCAUGCCAGACCCAAGUUGAUUCCGGGAUUCGACCAGUUGGAUGAGAGGCUGAAGGCGGCGCUUCAGGAGCGGGACUUGGUGAAGGAUCAGCGUAAGCGAAAACAGGCGGGUGGUGGCCAAAGCCAGCGAAAGCCCAAGAAGCUAAAGAGGACCAGGGGGCAGACACCACGGGUAUGCGAGUUUCAGCAGGCUUACACCGAGAAACGCAGGGAGCUAAAGCGGUUGGCCAACACGCAACGAAAUGCGUUUCAGUUCCGGAGCAGACCUGUGCCCGAUUUUGAGCGAUCUCAUCGGCAAUUGGAAAGGCGCCGGCUGUACCUGAACUCUCUGCAAAAGCUGACGAAGCCCCGGGGUCCUGGCACCUUCUCCGCGUCCAUGAAGCCGUCAGCCAACAGCCAACCAAAGAAGCGAAUACAGUGCCCAAAGGCAUCCGACUUUGUGCCCCGAAUCAAUCCAGGAUCUUCCAUGGACUACCUCAACCGUCAGCCCUUUGUCCCGCAUGUCAAGUCCUCCUAUACCCACCCAAAACCUUUUCGUCUCCAUACGUCGGAUCGGGCUCUGAGUCGCCAACUGUAUGACGAGAGGAAAAGGAUACGGAUGGAUCAGCGCUUGGAUCAGCUGGCCAGGGAUUGGUUUGCGCGGGAAAGGAGCGAGUAUUUCAGGCUACGCAAAAUGACAAAUUUUCAGGCUACUCCAAAUCCCUGGAAGCGAACAAAGCUUACAACUAAAACAGUUUCUCAGGGAGCCUAGAAAUAAUACAUUAAAUAAUAUAUCAAAUUUGAAAAUAAAGCUGAUUGUGGAAGCUAACAGAUA